ACGCAGCCCUCGCACAAACCAUUUUCGCUAAAGCAAAGAAACUCAACGUCGGUACAAUUGUCGGUGAUUUUUAAGCGCCGGGAGUUCCGAAUCCCGCGCGCAGUGACCCCACACCUGGAAGACACUCUAUCUUCAAGCCACGUACCACAUUACACACGCGACAAGAUGCUCUAUCCGGACUUUGUGAUUCCUGAAAAGGACCUGCUAUCGUACAUGCUCGAUGACCAACCGGUGCCAAAUGAUAGUCCGCUCUUCAUUGAAGCUGAAGACGAAUCCAACUUCAUCACGUAUGGCCAAUUCAAGCAAAACGUCGGCAAGCUUGGCCAAGGUCUGCGACAACUAGGCCUGAAGCCUCAACAGGCAGUCCUCAUUUUUUCCCCAAACCAGAUUGCAUACCCGUGGAUGGUCCAUGGUAUUAUUUGCGCUGGCGGACUGUUUACUGGCGCCAAUCCCACGUACACUGCGAGAGAGCUGGCUCACCAGAUUACACAUUCGCAAUGCGCAUACUUGUUUGUUGAUAGUGCACUGAUUGAUACUGCAAAGCAGGCUGCUGCACUAGCCAAGAAGCCACUUAGCGACAUUUUCACCAUUACACCCGUGGAUGGAUUCCGAUGCGUGACCGAGCUGUUGGCUGACCGCGAACUGCAAUGGCAUCGCAUCACGGACCUCAAAACGCUCGAAGAAACGACAUGCAACAUCAUGUACUCAUCCGGCACCACGGGUGUCGCCAAAGGAGUCGAGCAGACGCAUCGUAACGUCGUGGCUAAUGCAGCCCAGACCUUAUACUUUCGCAGCAAGGUCAGUCCACCCAUCUCUGCACCCACUAUUGCACACUUGCCUUAUUAUCACGCCUAUAGCAAUGUCGCUUACGGCAUCCAUGCCAUCGUCACGGGCCAGCCACACUUGGUCAUGCGCAAGUUUGACCUGGAGCUCAUGCUCAAGCUGAUCCAAAAACACAAGGUCCAAUAUCUCUCAACUGUGCCACCCAUCAUUGUUGCGUUGGCCAAAUCGCCAUUGACGCUCAAGUAUGAUAUUUCAUCAGUCCGUGCCAUCACCUCUGGCGCUGCGCCGCUUGGCGUGGAUGCUCAGAAUGCAUUGCGAAAACGAGCACCAAACAUCAAGCUCCAGCAAGGCUGGGGCAUGUCUGAAGUAUGCUGCGGUGGUAUCAUGAUGACGCCUGCCGACGAUGAUACGACUGGCUCGUGUGGGUACUUGUUGCCUCAGACUGAAGCGAGACUGGUGGAUGAUGAUGGCAAGGAAGUGACUGAAAAGAUGGCGCGUGGCGAGUUGUGGGUGCGUGGACCACAAAUCAUGAAGGGCUACUUGCGGAAUCCUCAAGCAACGGCUGAUACCAUGGAGGGCGACUGGCUCAAGACGGGUGACAUUGCAGUGACGGACGGCAAGUGGUUCUGGAUCGUGGAUCGGAAGAAGGAACUCAUCAAGUGCCAGGGCCUACAAGUCGCCCCGGCGGAGCUCGAGUCUCUACUGUUGGCGCAUCCCAAAGUUGUAAAUGCGUGUGUGGUUGGCGUGCCAUAUCGCGACGACGAGGCGCCACGGGCAUAUGUCGUCCGAAGCGACAGUUCACUGACUGAAGAGGUGCUCGAUGCAUGGUUCAAUACGCAAGUUGCCAAAUUCAAGCAACUGCGUGGCGGCAUUGUCUUUAUUGAGGCAAUCCCAACCUCGCCAAGUGGCAAGCUACUUCGACGCGAGCUGCGCGAUCAAGCAAAGCGCGAGAUCCAAGCCAAAUUGUAGAUCAGACUUUUGUCGUACCAAAUCCGCCAA